UGUGGACUUGUUACUUUGUUAACUUUUCUUUGGGGUGGAAAGUGUUGAAGUCUUUUGGCUCCAUUGAAACAUGUCGAAUAGUAACAGUGUCCAGGUGAUGCAGAAAGUGGUGGAGCAACUGAGGCUGGAGGCCAGUGUGGAGAGGCUCAAGGUUUCUCAGGCAGCCAUGGAUCUGAAAAACUUCUGCCUCCAGAAUGCUCACAAAGAUCUCCUGCUUAUGGGGGUUCCAUCCAAUGAUAAUCCCUUCAGACCUCCAAAAUCCUGCCUUCUGCUAUGAGCUCAUCAUCAGGCAUCAUACAGCCGUCCAGUAAAUGGUCAUUGAUUAAAUUAAUUGGGGUAUUGUGUAAUCCCUGCAUGGUCCUAAUAAAUGAAGUGCUGAACAACACACAAGACUGAAAGACAAUCACAAACAUUCCAAUACUGACGCCUGCAAUAAUGGAACAGAAAACACUUUGUAACAUGAACUGCUCUGGAAAGAAUAUUUGGAGAGGGGUGUUUGGGGCAAUGAAUUAUUUACAUAAACUGGUUGGAGAAUGA